AUGUUGAGUUCUAUCCUCCACGAACUAGGCCUCGUAUCGCUCUACCACUCCCCCCUGGACACAAAACUGCUCUGCUCGCAACGCUUCGUGCGCCUGUUUGCCUACGGCGGCUCAACACUCAUCCUCGCUUCUUUCUUAUCAGCGCUAGACAUAUCCGAUGAUCGCAUUGGAUUGUUCAUGACGCUGACGCUGGUGGGCGAUGUCGUGAUCAGUUUUUUUCUCACAUUGUUUGCGGAUCGGCUAGGCCGAAAAGCGGUGUUGUUGUUGGGGUCGGCGUUGAUGUGUGGGAGUGGUGUUGCGUUUGCGUUGUCUGGGAAUUAUUGGGUUUUGUUGCUUGCGGCGGUGUUGGGGGUUAUUAGUCCUGGAGGAAAUGAAAUAGGCCCCUUCCGCGCCGUCGAGGAAUCAACUAUAGCCCAUCUCACGGCCAAAGAGCACAUGAGCGAUAUCUAUGCUUGGUACUCGUUGAUCGGCACUGCGGGCACGGCCCUGGGCAUGAUGGUGUGCGGAUGGGUCAUGACGCUACUUCAAGAAACGAAACAUUGGGAUUUUGUACCUGCGUGUCGCGUAGUGUUUUUCAUGUAUGCCGGUGUUGGCGCCGUCAAGUUUCUGCUUACGAUGGGAUUGAGUAAGAAGGUUGAGGCUGAGAAGAAGAAAGCCCCAACGACAACCAACGGCGCGAGUGAGACGGAUCCAUUGCUGGUUUCCGGUAGCCAGGAAGAGACUGUAGCCGUCGUCCCGCCAAAGCAGAGAAAGCUGUUCUACCUCCCUGGGGUCGAGGCCGAGCUCGUCGGGCUGGUGACCAGUCUCUUACUCCUUUUCGGCCUCGACUCAUUCGGCUCCUCUCUCGCCUCCUUAUCAUGGAUAACGUAUUACUUCCGCCGCAAAUUCGGCAUGUCGGACGGUGAACUCGGCUCCCUCUUUUCUGUGACUAGCAUCAUCCAAGCAAGCUCCAUGCUCCUCGCCUCCAGCAUCGCGAAACGCUUCGGCAACGUGCGGACCAUGGUCUUCACCCAUUUACCGUCAUGCAUCUUCCUCGCUACAAUGUCCCUGCCCAACUCCCUCCCGCUAGCAAUGACACUUCUAAUCGGACGAGCAUGCACACAAAACAUGGAUGUCGCGCCGCGCGCCGCGUUUUUGGCAGAAGCUCUCCCCGCCGAGCAGCGCACGGCGAUCAUGGGGACUAUCAAUGUAGUCAAGACGACGGCGAGUAGCGUGGCGCCGCUGUUGACGGGUGUGUUGUCGUCGAGUGGGAAGUUGUGGGUGUCGUUUGUGCUGGCGGGUUGUCUGAAGAUUAUGUAUGAUUUGGGAAUUUUGGUUACUUUUGGGGGAAUGGAGAGGGAGAAGCGGAGGAAGGCGAGGGCUGCUCAGGAAAGCGAUGACGCUUGA